AUGGAGUGUUACGUCGGUGUCGGUGAUUCAACGCUACAAGAAGUCAUCUGCGCUCUAGAUUCAGGAGAGUGGCCCGGCAACCUACGGCAGUACCAAUUGGUCCAGGACGAUUUGUCGACGAGAGACAACAUGCUGAUCAAGACCGGGUUUGUAGUUAUCCCUAAGGCACUGCAAGAGAAAGCGUUGGAAGUGGCUCAUGCUGGUCAUCCGGCAACGGAGAAACAAAAGAGCAUACUGCGACAGCGGGUUUGGUGGCCAGGAAUGGCCACUGACGCUGAAAAGUGGGUGGAGUCCUGCUCCACGUGUGCUGUUAACGGUAAACCUGAAAAACCAACACCCAUGCUGCGCGCGUUUGCUCCGAAGGCUGUUUGGGAGUCGAUCGCGGUGGACUUCAAUGGUCCAUACGCAAGGUUUGGGGGUGUGUACAUCCUUGUAGUUGUGGACUGCAGGUCACGCUACCUAUUCGCAGUUCCUGUGAAGUCAACCAGUCUCGAGAGGACAAGGGACGUCCUGGAAGCCAUAUUUCAACGGGAGGGCUUUCCCAAAUAUAUCAAGUCGGACAACGGCCCCCCCUUCAACAGUGCAGAGUACAAGGCUUACUGCGCCCAGAGGGGUAUCAAACCUAUAUUUUCUACUCCAUUAUUCCCCCAGCAAAACGGCUUGGCCGAGAGUCAGAUGAAAGUUGUCAACAGAGGCAUGAUAAGUGCAUCAAUCAACGGAACCGGCUACGCCGAGGAACUACAGAAGGCCGUCGACGCUAUGUGGACUUCCGGUGGCCAAUGA